UGAGGGAGCGCAAGCAGUUCGAAAAGUGGACAGUCUAUGGAGCGGAAUAAAAUGUAGCUUUUGGGGAUGUGCAUCAAAUGUGACUAAAGGGAAAUCCACGGAACACAUCGGAUUUAUUCAUGUAUGCGACUUAUAGCCUAUUGCGUUGUGCGAAAUGUUCGCAUACACUGUUUGUCGAAAUUUCUUUGCAUUCCUCUGAUUGGAACUUUGGUGCAGCUUCACUCAUUCGCUGAUCUGGUGGUUUGGCAACAAACACUCAGCCAACAUGGGGAUUCACUUGACUUCACUUCCCACCGUGCUUUUGCUCCUCUGCGGCUGCAUAGCAAACCAAAGGUUGGCAGAGUCGGCAUCGCCUUUUCAGUUCACCCAUUCUGUUUACAACGCCACCAUAUAUGAAAACUCAGCUGCUAAGACCUAUUUAGAAAGUCCUCUGAAAAUGGGCAUUUACAUCACAGACCCAGUCUGGGAAAUACGGUACAAGAUUGUUUCGGGAGAUAAUGAGAACUUGUUCAAAGCUGAGGAUUACAUGCUGGGGGACUUCAGCUUCUUGCGAAUAAGGACCAAAGGUGGGAGCAGUGCCAUUCUCAAUCGCGAGGUCAGAGACCACUACCUGCUGACCAUCAAGGCAGUGGAGAGGAACACCAAUGCCGAAGCCCGUGCUAGAGUCCGAGUCAAGGUGCUGGACACCAACGACUUGAGGCCUCUCUUCUCCCCCACCUCCUACAGCAUCUCCCUGCCUGAGAACACUGCUAUCAGGACCAGCGUGGCCAAGGUCACAGCUACUGACGCUGACAUCGGGACUAAUGGCGAGUACUAUUACAGCUUCAGGGAGUGGAAUGAAAUGUUUGCUGUGCACCCCACCAGUGGGGUCGUAACACUCACUGGAAAACUUGAUUAUACCGAAACAAAGUUGUACGAGCUGGAAAUCCUGGCUGUCGAUCGGGGCAUGAAGUUGUAUGGGAGCAGUGGCUUCAGCAGCAUGGCCAAGUUGACGAUAAGGGUAGAGCAGGCCAACGAGCAUGCCCCUGUCAUCACAGCUGUGACACUGGCUCCCUCCGAUGCAGACAAAGACCCAACCUAUGCCAUUGUUACUGUGGAUGACGGAGACCAGGGUGCCAAUGGUGAGAUUGCAUCCCUCAGUGUUGUGGCUGGGGAUCCCCUCCAGCAGUUCAAGGCAAUGCGGACUAGCCCUGGGAGCAAGGAGUACAAAAUCAAAGCGCUUAAGGAUGUAGACUGGGACAGUCAGCCUUUUGGAUACAACCUUACGCUGCAAGCCAAGGACAAAGGAAAUCCUCCCCAAUUUUCAUCUGCUAAAGUUAUUCAUGUCACAUCCCCACAGUUCAAAGUAGGCCCCCCUAAAUUUGAGAGGCCUGUUUACCGUGUCAACAUCAGUGAAUUUGCACCUGUCCACACACCAGUUGUCAUGGUCACAGCUGUGCCAAAAUACCCACAUGUGAGAUACACAUUCAAACAGAAGAUGGACAAAAAUCCCUUUGUCAUUAACCCAGAGUCUGGCCUUAUCACAACUUCUGGGCCCAUCCGUGCCGACUCUGCCUCAAAGUUUGAAUUGGAAGUCGUCACUAGUGACAAAAAUGCAGCCACUAAGGUCAUUAUUGAUGUUGUAGACGUCAACAAUAAUGCCCCAGAAUUCCAGCAGACUUCAUACAAGGCCAGUGUGGAUGAAAAUAUGCCCGUGGGUACGACUGUGCUAACUGUGAAGGCUAAUGAUUUAGACAGCGGUGAAAAUGGGUAUGUCACAUACAGCAUAGCCAAUGUAAAUCCUCAGCCAUUCGUCAUUGACUAUUUCUCAGGGGUGAUCAGCACCUCCGAGGAGCUUGAUUAUGAACUCAUGCCCCGCAUUUACAGUUUAAAGGUACGGGCCUCAGACUGGGGCUCCCCCUUUCGCCGUGAGGUGGAGACGCCGGUCACCAUCACCCUGAAUAAUCAAAAUGACAACAAACCCCUAUUUGAAAAUGUUGACUGUGACGUGACCAUGCCAAGAGACCAUGGUGUGGGUGAGCAGAUUACAACAGUGUCUGCCAUUGACGCUGACGAGCUUCAGUUAGUAAGGUACAGAAUUAAAGCAGGUAACGACUUGGAUCUGUUUGACUUGAACCCAAAUUCUGGCGUCCUCUCCCUGAGACAUCCUUUGACUGAUGGUGAGGCUGCCAAAAUAUCUUUUCAUAGGCUGAUGAUAAUUGCGAGUGACGGAGAGCACGAAACUCAGCCAAUGGUCAUGAACAUCACUGUCAUAACUUCCCAUAAGCCAGUCCAGGUCAAAUGUGUUGACACCGGUGUCGCCACAAUGCUGGCUGAGAAGCUGCUUCAAGGCAGCAAAAUUCAUAGUCAGGUGGAGGCUGAGGAAAACUUUUUAGACAUUCACUCAGUUAACCGUUUCGCUCCUCUGUUCACUGACUCUUUCCCCAGUGUAAUCGAGGUGAGAGAGGAUCUGCCAGUGGGGGCUAGAAUUGUGCAUCUCUCAGCAUCAGAUGCAGACAGUGGUUUCAAUGGAAAACUAGUGUAUGUUAUUUCAGGGGGUGAUUCUGAGAGUCGCUUUGUAGUAGAGAUGGACACAGGCUGGUUACAAGUGUACGAACCCCUUGACCGUGAAACUAAGGAUCACUACACUCUUAAUAUUACUGUGUAUGACCUAGGGAUACCCCAGAAAUCUUCAUCACGCCUCUUAGAUGUAAAGAUCCUUGACACAAAUGAUAAUGUUCCACAGUUCCUCAAAGACAGCUACUCUGUUGAAACCAGUGAGAGUACAGCCAUAGGGACCGAAAUCAUUCGCGUUGAGGCAAAAGACAAGGACCUUGGGGAUAAUGGUUUAGUGAGGUACUCAAUUUUGGCUGACACCAGUCAGUUUGCUAUUGAUGAAGAGACUGGUGUUGUGAGUGUGAAAAAGUCUUUGGAUCGUGAAACACAUCCAAGUUUUACCUUGCGCAUCGCAGCUCAUGACCAAGCCUCCAGUGAACCGCAGCUUGUGUCAACCGUGUUGCUCAGAAUAUUCCUGGAAGACGUCAAUGACAACCCACCAAAGUUUAUCCCACCUAACUAUCGGGUCAAGGUACGAGAGGAUCUUCCCAUUGGCACUGUGAUUAUGUGGCUGGAAGCCCAUGACCCUGAUCUGGGGCCCUCUGGUCAGGUACGAUACAGCCUGGUGGACAAUGGGGAAGGGAAAUUUGAAGUAGACAAACUCAGUGGUGCUGUUCGGAUUGUGCAGAACCUGGACUAUGAGAAGAAGCAGGUGUACAGCUUCACAGCAAGGGCUAAGGACAAAGGCAAACCGAUAUCACUAUCCUCUACCUGCCAUAUCGAAGUGGAGGUGGUAGAUGUGAAUGAAAAUCUUUACCGGCCUUGGUUCCCUUCGUUCGUGGAUAAAGGUUUUAUCAAAGAGGAUGCGCCUAUCGGUACUUCAGUGAUGAAAGUGUCUGCUCAGGAUGAAGAUAAAGGAAGAGACGGUGAACUGCGGUACUCCAUAAGGGAUGGCUCAGGCCUUGGGAUUUUUUCCAUCGAUGAAGACACUGGUGUUAUCCGGACUCAAGAGCUCCUUGAUCACGAGACCACGCCUCACUACUGGCUGACGGUGUAUGCCACUGACCAUGGUGUUGUCCCCCUGUCCUCAUUCGUCGAGGUGUAUGUGGAGGUGCAGGAUGUCAAUGACAAUGCGCCACAGACCUCAGAGCCGGUUUACUAUCCCACCGUGAUGGAGAACUCACCCAAAGAUGUCUCCAUCAUCCAGAUCGAAGCCUUUGACCCCGACACGCGCUCCAGCGACAAGCUGUCCUACCGCAUCACCAGUGGGAACCCGCAAGGCUUCUUUGCCAUCAACCCCAAGACAGGUCUGAUCAGCACUACCUCAAGAAAGCUGGACCGGGAACAGCAGAAUGAGCACAUUCUAGAGGUCACCGUGUCUGACCAAGGUAUUCCAGCAAAAUCUACAACGGUGCGUGUGGUCGUCCAGGUGUUGGAUGAGAAUGACAACAGGCCUCAGUUUUUGGAGAAGAUCUACAAGAUCAAGCUACCUGAGAGGGAUAAGCCAGAGAAGGAGAGGGCCCUAAGGAGAGACCCUGUCUAUCGCGUCAUCGCAUCUGACCGGGAUGACGGACCCAAUGCAGAGAUAUCCUACAGCAUUGAGGAAGGGGAUGAGCACGGGAAGUUCUUCAUCGAGCCCAAGACGGGCCUCGUGUCCUCCAAGAAGUUUUCCUCUGCAGGAGAAUACGACAUUCUUACGAUCAAAGCUGUGGACAAUGGCCGUCCCCAGAAGUCCUCCACCUGCCGCCUUCACAUUGAGUGGAUCCCCAAGCCAGAGCCGUCAGCCACCCCGCUGGCUUUCGAAGAUAACCCCUUUGUCUUCUCCAUCAUGGAGAGUGACCCUGUCGCUCACAUGGUCGGGGUCAUCGCCAUGGAGAAUCCAGAGACCACUGUCUGGUUUGAGAUAACAGGUGGGAACUACGACAGCCGAUUCGAUGUGGGCAAGGCGAGCGGGACCAUCAUUGUGGCCAGACCCCUCGACGCCGAGCAGAAAUCAAAUUACAACCUGACUGUGGAGGCAACAGAUGGAAACACAUCCAUCAGCACCCAGGUUUUGAUCCGAGUGAUUGACACCAAUAACCACAGGCCCCAGUUCUCGCAGUCCAGAUAUGAGGUGAGCAUACCUGAGGACACAGUACUGGACUCGGAGGUUCUGCAGAUCAGCGCCACUGACCUGGAUGAGAAGAACAAGCUGACCUAUACGCUCCUCAGCAGCACAGACCCCUUCAGCCUCCGCAAGUUCAGACUGGACCCAGGCACUGGGGUGCUGUACACAGCUGAGAGGCUGGACCACGAGACCAUGCGGACCCACACACUCACAGUAAUGGUUAGAGAUCAAGACAUCCCAGUGAUGCGCAACAUGGUGCGAGUCAUUGUCAAUGUGGAAGACACCAAUGACAAUGCCCCGUGGUUCUCGGGCACACCGUAUGUGGGUCGUGUUUUUGAAUCUGCGACCAUUGGUUCUGCAGUUUUCCAGAUAACCGCCUUGGAUAAGGACAAGGGCCAGAAUGCAGAGCUCACAUAUAGCAUCGAAUCAGGAAAUGUUGCUAAUUCAUUCGCCAUCGAUUCUGUCUUGGGGACCAUAACUGUGGCAAAGGAGCUGGAUCGAAACAGCCAGAGCCAAUUCCAGCUUCUGGUGAAAGCCUCCGACAAGGGAACACCAUCUCUGAGUGCCACAACAAGUGUUGACAUCACUGUGACAGUGUCGGACAAUGCCAGACCAAGGUUUACAGAGAAGGAGUACUCAGCAGAAGUCAGUGAAUUGGCCCAGCCAGGAACCUUUGUGCAUUUGGUGUCGGCCAGCAGUCAGUCAUCAGUUUUCUACCAGAUCAAAGACGGAAAUAUGAAUGGAGCUUUUGACAUCAACCCCAAUUCUGGAGUCGUGAUAAUCAAAAUGCCACUGGAUUAUGAAACCAUACCCUCCUACAAGCUCACCAUCCAGGGGACAAACAUGGCCGGACAGGCAAGCAAUACCACACUUCUUGUCCAUCUCAAGGAUGAGAAUGACAACGCACCUGUUUUCAUUCAGGAUGAGUUCAUUGGGACAGUUAGUGAGUCUGCACCAGUCAAUAGCGUGAUCCUGACCCGAGAUAACACUCCAUUAGUCAUCCGAGCUUUAGAUGCAGACCAGGAUGCCAGCUCCCGCCUAGUUUAUCAGAUAGUGGAACCAUUUGCUCAUAAUUACUUUGCUAUUGACUCAAGCACAGGAGCAAUAAGAACCACCACUGAGUUGGACUAUGAGCAGAGAAAUACCUUCCACUUUACUGUACAGGUUCAUGAUAUGGGUUUGCCCAGACAUUUUGCUGAAAAGGCUGCAAAUGUGACUAUUGAGGUAAUUGAUGUGAACGACUGCUCGCCAAAGUUUACUCAGGACCUGUAUGAGACCACUGUGUUAGUGCCAACUUAUAAAGGGGUUAAGGUGGCUGUGGUCACUGCCACAGAUGAUGAUUCAGGACCAAAUGCUAGACUAAUCUAUUCUAUCACAGAGGGCAACAUUGGAGACAAGUUCAAAAUGGACCCUGUAUCUGGAACUAUCUUCAUACAGAAUGUCACACAGCUGAGAAGCAGGUACGAGCUUAGAGUGAGAGUAUCUGAUGGUAGAUUUACCAACACCGUGCCAGUUAAGAUCAAUGUUAAAGAGAACAAAGAUAGCACUCUGAAACUCAAGCAGACAUCUUACAAGACCUCAGUGCAAGAGAACUCUUUAGAAAAGAAGACACUGGCUGUCAUUACAGCUGUUGGAAAUCAGGUCAAUGAACCUCUCUUCUUCACUAUACUCAACCCUGAUAAGAGGAUUGAAAUCAGCCGCACAUCUGGUGCUCUAUCAACCACAGGUGUACCUUUUGACAGAGAGGAGCAGGAUACCCAUGAUGUUGUUGUUGAGGUGACCAGGGAAGACUUAGAAGAUGUGGCUCACGUUCUGGUGACAAUAAGUGUGGAGGAUGUUAAUGAUAAUGCACCAAUGUUUGUCAACCUACCAUAUCAUGCUCUUGUUCAGAUGGAUGCUGAAGUCGACCAGGUCAUUCGACAAGUCACAGCCGUAGACGCUGACAUUGGUAGCAAUGCUGAGACCUUUUAUGAAUUACAGGAACAGAAUGACUACAUUCAGAUUAGCCCGACUGGGGAAAUCUCUGUGAGAAAACAGUUUGAGAAAGAACACCUGAACACUGAAUUCAUAAUAACUGUGCUGGCCAAAGAUGAGGGUGAGCCCUCCCUUACUUCGUCUGUCGAAGUGCCAAUAACAGUAGUGAACCAGGCCAUUCCACUCUUUGAAAAGCCCUUCUACAGCCUGGAAAUUCCCGAGAAUAUACAACUUCAUACUCCAGUUGUGCAUGUUCAGGCUAAUGAAUCAGAAGGCCCUCGCAUUGUAUACACAAUCUCUGAAGGAGAUCCCCUCAAUCAGUUCUCCAUCAAUUUCAACACUGGUGUCAUUCAGGUGACUGAACUACUUGACUUUGAAACACACCCUGCUUACAAGCUGAGUGUGACUGCUACAGACUCUCUCACUGGUGCCCAGUCCAGUGUGUUUGUUGAUAUUAUUCUUGAAGAUGUCAAUGACAAUGCCCCAGUGUUCCAAGAAAAGAACUAUGAAACUAGUCUGUCAGAAGCCUCAGUAAUCGGAACAUCAGUCAUGCAGGUGUCUGCCACAGAUGCAGAUACAGGGAACAAUAAAGUUAUAUUUUAUCAGAUUGUAGAAGACAAGAAAAAGAGUUCAGAUUACUUCACCAUUGACCGCGACAGUGGGGUCAUUUCAACUACCCGGACUCUUGAUCAUGAAGAAAUGGCCCAGCAUAAGUUGACCAUCAGAGCUGUGGACGGAGGAGUUCCUGCUCUUUCCAGCGAGGUUGUAGUGACAAUUCAUGUAACAGACCUGAAUGACAAUGCUCCAAUUUUCUCUCAAAGAGUUUACCAAGCCAGUGUGAGUGAACUAGCUCCUCGAGAACAUUUUGUCACCCAAGUGCAGGCCUCUGAUGCUGACAGCUCAGACACAGGAAAGUUAGAGUUUUCCAUUAUUUCUGGUAAUGAAGCACAAAACUUUGCCCUGGACAAAACCACUGGUGUAAUCAUUAUUUCUAACCACAGGAAACCACACAUGGAACCUGUGUACAACCUGAAUGUGUCAGUGUCUGAUGGUGUUUUUCGGAGCUGGGCCCUUGUUAAGGUGACAAUUAUUGGAGCCAAUUUCCAUAACCCAACCUUCCCACAAGUUGAUUAUGUUGUUGAACUGCUUGAGAAUACACCAGCUGGCACCCUUGUCACAGAGGUCGAGGCAAGUGAUGAUGAUUCAGGAACAUAUGGACAGCUGACCUAUCACAUCCUGAAUGACUUUGCUAGAGACAAGUUUUCUGUGAGUGACAAAGGGCAGAUUUUUACUUUGGACAGUUUGGACCGUGAGAAUCCUCUUGAGAGAGUCAUCCCAAUAUCUCUGAUGGCCAAAGAUGGAGGUGGAAAGGUGGGCUUCUGCACCAUUAAUGUGAUCCUCACAGAUGUCAAUGACAACACUCCACAGUUCAGAGCUGCAGAGUAUAGAGUGAAUGUGGCCUCAAACGUCUCAAGAGGAACCACAGUGAUAAAAACUAUGGCAUCCGACACAGAUGAAGGUAGUAAUGCUGACAUUACCUAUGCCAUAGAGGCAGAUUCAGAGAAUGUGCAGGAAAACUUUGAAAUGCAUCCACUCACUGGUGUCAUUGUAACUAAAGAAAGUCUCAUUGGAUUGGAGAAUGACCUUUUCACAUUUUAUGUGAGGGCAAAGGAUGCAGGAAACCCUUCAAAACAAUCUGUCGUCCCUGUCUAUGUCCGAAUUCUAGCUCCAGAAGUGCCAGUUCCAAAGUUUGUUGAGCCUCACUACAGAUUCGCCAUAGAUGAGGACCUGCCAAUUGGUUCAGAAAUUGAUGUCAUUCAGGCAGAAAGCGAACAGGCUGUCAUCUAUAACCUAGUGAAAGGGAACACUGUUGAAAGUAAUCUGGAUGAGAUCUUUACAAUCGACAGAGAUAGCGGGUCACUGAAAUUGGACAAAAGCUUGGAUCAUGAAACCACCAAAUGGUACCAGCUCACACUGCAAGCUCAGAGUAGCAAUGGAGUUGCAGAGGUUGUGGCCUCAGUGGACAUAAACAUCCAGGUGAAGGACGUCAAUGACAACCAGCCCCUGUUUGAGGCAAAUCCCUAUGAAGCCGUUGUGGUUGAGAACCUCCCUAGUGGCACGUCUGUGAUCCAAGUGAAAGCCACUGACCUCGAUUCCGGCAGUAAUGGCCAGGUAGUUUACAGCCUGGACCCAACCCAGGAGUCAGAGGACAUCACCGAAUUGUUUGCUGUCAACAGUGAGACAGGAUGGGUGACGACACUGACAGAACUGGAUCGGGAGCGGAAGAGCAAGUACAACGUGGCUAUCCUAGCUACCGACCGGGGAGACAAAGUGCAGCUUGUGGCCAGAACCAAUGUGGAGGUGAUGGUGGCCGAUGUGAAUGACAACCCACCACGGUUCACCGCCGAAAUCUACAAGGGCACCGUGAGUGAAGAUGAUCCACCACCCAGCGGGGUAAUUGCUAUCCUCAGCACUACGGACGCUGAUGCAGAGGCCAUCAACAAACAAGUCAACUACUUCAUUACAGGAGGGGAUCCCCUGGGACAGUUUGCCAUCGAGCAUAUCCAGAACGAGUGGAAGGUCUCUGUCAGGAAAGCACUGGAUCGUGAGGAGAGAGACAAUUACCUACUAAACAUCACUGCCACUGAUGGUACCUUUGUGGCCAAGGCUAUAGUAGAGGUCAAGGUGCUGGAUGCCAAUGACAAUAGCCCAGUGUGUGAGAAGUCCCGCUACACGGAGUCUGUGCCAGAGGAUGCAUCUCCAGGCAGGCUUAUUCUGCAGGUGUCUGCCACGGAUGCAGACAUCCGCUCCAACGCCCAGAUCGUCUAUGAGCUGCUGGGACCUGGAGCGCAGCACUUCGCUAUUGAUCCAGACACAGGUGAGCUGAAGACAUUGCAGCCCUUGGACAGAGAGGAAGUCGCUGUGCACAGAAUGAAAGUGCGAGCCCUGGACGGUGGCGGACGAUACUGCGAGGCUGACGUGGAGAUAGUCGUUGACGACGUGAACGACAAUGCUCCACAGUUCCUGUCCGACCCCUAUGCCAUCACUGUCUUCGAGAACACAGAAAUGCACACGAUUGUUGCUCGUCUGCAGGCGACCGAUGCUGACACGGGCUCCAAUGCGGACAUUGUCUUCUCCCUGGCUGACUCUGCCGAUGGCACCUUCUCUGUGGACGAGCGGAGCGGACUGCUACGCCUGGAACAACCGCUGGACCGGGAACUCCGUUCUGUCUACACGCUUCGGGCUCGUGCCACUGACAUGGGUUCACCGCGCCGCCUCUCCUCCCUCUGUGACGUCAGUGUGUCAGUGCUCGACAUCAACGAUGACCCGCCUGUCUUCGAGCGGCGUGAAUACGCUGCCACACUGGCCGAGGACGUGACCGUGGGUACGCAGGUCCUCCGCGUGCACGCCACCAGCCGCGAGAGGGAGGGAGCCAGCGAGAUUACCUACGGCAUCGUCAGCGGUAACGAACGCGGGGUCUUCCGUGUGGAGCCCUCUACAGGUGACAUCUUUGUGAUUGAGAGUCUGGACUAUGAGAUCGGGCAUGAAUUCUACCUGACAGUGGAGGCCACAGACGGAGGCACGCCGCCGCUGAGCGACAUGGCCACUGUCAACAUCAACCUGACCGACGUCAACGACAACAGUCCAGUCUUCAGCCAGGGUGUCUACUCCGCUGUGGUCAGUGAGGACUCUGAGCUUGGCAAGACUGUCAUGGCGGUCAUGGCGGAUGAUGCUGACGGACCAUCCUUCAACCAGGUGCGCUACUCCAUCAUUGACGGUAACCAGGGCAACCCAUUCUCCAUCGACGCGGUACGAGGAGAGGUGAAGGUGGCACGGCCGCUAGACCGAGAGAAGACGUCUGGGUACACUCUGACUGUCCUGGCGUUGGACAGCGGAAUCCCACCCAGAUCCAGCAGCGCUACGGUCAACGUGGACGUGUCCGAUGUGAACGACAAUCCACCCCUCUUUUCCCAGGCCAAUUACACACUCAUCAUCCAGGAAAACCGACCAGUUGGCACCAGUGUACUGCAAGUCACAGUGACAGAUCAUGACGCCACACACAACGGUCCCCCCUUCGCGUUCUCCAUUGUCAGUGGCAAUGACGACAGUGCCUUUCAGAUCAACCCUCAAGGGGAGCUGCUGACUGCCUCUGCGCUGAGCCGACAGGCCAGAGACAGCUACGUUCUGCAGAUACAGGUUUCAGACAGUGGUCGGCCGCAACUUCACUCCGCUACCCUUGUGAGCGUACGCGUUAUCGAGGAGAGCGUCCACCCUCCUGCCAUUCUUCCCCUGGACGUGUUUGUGACCACAGCCGGUGAGGAGUAUGCUGGCGGCGUCCUGGGCAGAGUCCACGCCACCGACCAGGACGUGUACGACACGCUGACCUACAGCCUGGCCCAGUCCCCUGACUCAGCCCUCUUCACCAUCUCCCCGACCGACGGCAAACUCGUAGCAGUCGGCGCUCUGGACGCGGGGCAAUACGCCCUCAACGUCACCGUGACUGACGGCCAGUUCAGCGCCACGGCUCGGGCCAGUGUGCACGUGCGUCCCGCCGAGCAGCGCGUGCUGGAAAACGCCAUCGGCGUGCGCUUCGCCUCCAUCGCCCCCGAGGAGUUCAUCAGCGACUACUGGCGUAACUUCCUGCGGUGGUUGCGGAACAUGGCCGGAGUGCGGCGCGGAGAGGUGCAGCUGGUGAGCCUGCAGCCGUCGUCUGAUGCCUCCGGAGACCUGGAGGUGCUCCUGGCGCUGGAGCGCUCUGGAAGCCCGUUUCAGCCAGAGGAGGUGGUGUUCCGCAAGCUCAACGCAUCGGCGUUCCAAAUGGAAGAAAGGAUUGGGGUGCGCAUUGUGCGUGUCAUCAAGAAGCUCUGUGCCGGCCUUCCUCCUGACUGCCCGCAGAGGUUCUGUCAGGAGACUGUCAGCCUGGAGCCUGCGGCCAUGACGACGUACAGCACUGCAAGGCUGAGCUUUGUCACUCCGCGGCACAAACGUCAGGCCACCUGCCAGUGUGAAGGAGGAAAGUGUCCUGUGGUGAUCAAGCAGUGUGGAGAGGGAGCUUGCGCUGACGGCAGUGAGUGCUUAUCAAGGGAUGAAGGCUCAUCUUGUGUGUGUGCAGAUGGCAGCAAAUGUUCAGUUUCCCCAGCAAGCUCAUCCCUGACGUUCAGUGGCAGUGGCUAUGCUCGCUACCGGCUGAUGGAGAACGAGAUCAAGGAAGAGAUGAAGCUGUCCCUGAGGCUCAGAACCUUCUCCAGUCACGCCACCAUCAUGUAUGCCAAAGGCACAGACUACAGCAUUCUGGAGAUUGUGAAUGGCCGUUUGCAGUACAAGUUCGACUGUGGAAGUGGGCCAGGCCUGGUCUCCGUGCACAGCACCCAAGUUAACGAUGGAGAAUGGCACAGCGUCACACUAGAGGUGGAAGGCAACUAUGCCAAACUGGUUCUGGACCGCGUACACGCCGCUUCUGGAACUGCCCCAGGCACACUGCGCACCCUCAACUUGGACACAAGCAUCUACUUUGGGGGCCACGUUCGCCAGCUAGGCACCAGGCAUGGACGCAGUUUGCCAGUGGUCAAUGGGCUCCGUGGCUGCCUGGGCGCACUGGAGUUGAAUGGCCAGGAGCUCCCGUUGCAUGUCAAUGGAAUGGCCCCUCAUGCUGUGCUGGAAGAUCUGGUGGAUGCAGCUCCUGGGUGUAGCUUGGCGGUGUUGGCUGAUGGAUGUUCCAGCAACCCCUGCAUCAAUGGAGGAACCUGUUCAUCCCUGCCCCAUGGAGGUUUCUUCUGCAAGUGCAUUGCUGCCUUCAUGGGUACUCACUGUGAGAUUGGUAUUAGCCCCUGUGCCUCCAACCCCUGCCUGUAUGGGGGAACCUGUAUCCCACAAGGAGAUGACUACUAUUGCCAGUGCCGUGGACAGUACUCUGGCCAGCGGUGCCAGCUUGGUCCAUAUUGCACUGACAAUCCUUGCAAGAACAGUGGCAAAUGCAUAGACAGCCUGGAUGGACCAGUGUGUGAGUGCGAGCCUGGUUUUCAAGGGGACAGGUGCCUGAGCGAUAUAGACGAAUGUGUGAAGAACCCUUGUGCCAAUGGAGGACAGUGCCAGAACACCUACGGCGCAUACAGCUGCAACUGUUCUCGCGGAUUCGGUGGCCGUCUUUGUGAGGACCCCAUAGAAGUUCGCAACGAGUUAAUUUCCACAUCAUGGAACAUAAGCUUGGAAGAGGUGAUUGGUAUCGGUGUGUUUGUAGCAGUCAUCUUCAUCCUGGUGCUACUCUUCGUCGGGAUACGAAAGCGUGCUUGUCACCGCAAGUCCAAAACAGGAAACGGUGACAAUGACAAGCGCCCAGGGAACUCGGCCCCACACACGUUCCGGCCAUACUUUGACUCAAAGCUGAACAAGAACAUCUACUCGGACAUUCCCCCACAGGUUCCUGUGCGGCCCAUCUCGUACACCCCCAGCAUACCCAGCGACUCACGCAAUAACCUGGACCGAAACUCUUUUGAAGGGUCUGCCAUCCCGGAGCACCCAGAGUUCAGCACUUUCAACCCUGACUCAGUGCACGGACACCGCAAGACUGUGGCUGUGUGUAGCGUAGCACCAAACUUGCCCCCACCACCACCAUCCAAUUCUGUCUCAGACAGUGACUCCAUUCAAAAGCCCAGUUGGGACUAUGACUAUGAUGCUAAAGUUGUAGACCUGGAUCCCUGCCUGACGAAGAAGCAAGUGGAGGAGAGUGCGUGUCAUCCUUACAACACAAGGGGGAGCAUGUCAGAGGUCCAGUCACUCAGCUCAUUCCAGUCUGAAUCCUGUGAUGACAAUGCCUCCAUAGUGACUGUAAUCCACCUUGUCAACUCUGCUGUUGACUCGGUGGAGCGAGCAGGCUACCACUGGGACACGUCUGAUUGGAUGCCCAGUGUCCAGCUCCCUGGGAUCCAGGAGUUCCCGCAGUAUGAGGUGGUAGAAUCGCCGCUAGCAACAACUGGGACAGGUCUGUACAGUGACCCCUCCGCCAUGGACACCGACUACUACCCUGGUGGUUAUGACAUUGAGAGUGACUUUCCCCCGCCACCCGACGACUUCCCCGCUCACGACGACCUGCCUCCGCCGCCUCCCCUCCCGUUGCUGCCGGCGCCCGACUACGGAGAGCCCUACGACACGCUCCAGACGCCAGGCGCCCCGAGGAGCCCACACUGCUCCCCGCGGGUGCGGCAGCGGCCGCCUCUGCCUCAGCUCUACAGCCUCAGCCAGUACCUGCCCCAGCACCACUACCCUUCUUCUGAUCAUCCCGACUCUCCUGGGGGCCUCGACGGCAACACCUUGGCGUCCAACACCUCCAACACCGCCACCAACAACACCACGGCCGCAGCCACAGGGACAGGCGGUAGUGGUGGCAGUGGCGGAGGUUACCGGGGGGCCUUCCCUAUGGGCUACGAGCCACCGGCACUGGACAACAUGUCACUGUCGCUCUACACGUCAACGGCGUCCUGCUCGGACAUGUCGGCGUGCUGCGAGGAGUCCGAGGCCAUGCUGAGCGACUACGAGAGCGGAGACGAAGCCGUGUUCGAGCGCCUCACUCUGCCCUCGCUGGACUCCCAGCAGCACACUGAAGUCUGACACUGGAUCCCAAAUACACUACAGCAACCAACAACACCACCACCACCACCACAACAACAACAACAGUAACAUACACACACAUCCAAAAAAAGAAGUGCCUCAACCCUUAACAUGAAACGUGUCAUGAAAAAAAGGUAUAAAUGCAGCGAUCCACCCACCUUCAAUGAGCACACUCUCUACACGGCACCACAGUGUACACACGCACACAAACAAACAAAAAUACACACAUCAGAUCUUACAACAUCUGAGGUGGGUGUAGAGACACGUUUAGCAUUGUGGCUAGGAUCUUUUUUCCAGUAGCAAGGAAACAUAGUUGCGUUGAUCUCUGAUGGCUGUCUAUUGAGAACUUUCCAGCCUGCUGAAAUCUCAUUUCAGUGGACUGAGCCUUUUGCUUUAAGUAACAGAUCGUACGAAAGAGGAACUCCUGUUGUGGCGAACAACUGAGGAAGACCGAAUGAUAAAGACAUGCAACACUAUGACAAUUAUGAGAUAUUCAAAAAGAUGAUAUCUGUAUUUGUAUAGGUAUAACCAUGCAAGCAGAUUUUUUUGGAUCCUCAUUUAUUUUUUAUGUAAAUUUAAAUGUACAGUUUUGAUUUCAAGGUUUUACUAGGUUUUGUAGAUAUUUUAUGCUUUUUAUUUCCAAAACAGAGAAGAAAAGCUCUAAAUGUUGUCAUUAUCAGCCUUACUGUAUCUUCAUUUCACAAACAAAACAGUUUAAAGACAGAGAGAGAUAGAAACAUACAAUAUCAUGUUCAAGUGUCGUUUUUCUGUGCAUUUCAAAAGUAAAGUUAAAAAGGGGUCGGUGGUGAACGACUGCAUAUUCUUGUGUUCUUUUUUUUAUUAACUGUUCAUUUUUGUUUGUAAAUUGCGCCUUUGAAACCUCUUUUACUUUUCCACCACGAAAACGGGACCCAAUAUAUUUAUAGUUGGAGGAGAUUAAUGAACAGUUGUCUGUUUUUCACAUGUCUGUGUGUGUGUGUGAUUGUGUGUAUGUGUGUGUGGGUGUUUGAGCGACUCUAUGGUCUUGUUACGGUUUUUAUUAAAUACUGCCACUAGCUCACGCUUUCAUAUUGGCAAUAAAUUAUUCA